GAAGCACGGAAGAAGGCUGCAUUGCUUACGCUGGCUGGCGCUCCACUGUUCGAGCUUCUAACGUCAUUGGCAUCCCCUACUCAGAUCAUCGCCCAUUGCUCGGAAUAUUUACAACGGCCAAGGCAACUCCAAAUGUAAUUUCCACACAGAUGCUUCGAAUAGCAAUGGGCAACGCCGACAUCUUAAGCCCAUGCCCAUCAUUACCACAACAAAGCGAAGGCAACACUACAGAAGAAGUGUUAAUGAUUGAAUGGGCUGGACCACCACUGGUCAGCGCUCAAUCUCUAGCAUUACAGACUAAGAAGGAUGCGCAUUUAUCAAAGGUUCUGAACUGGGUGUUAAGGGGAUGGCCCAAUGGAAAAGUUGAUAGUUCAGAUCAGUUCUACUCGUAUUUUUGUCGGCGACAUGAGCUUUCAGCAAACAAAGGAAUUCUUGUAUGGGGCAACUGGGCUGUAAUUCCCGAACCAUCUAGACCGGCUUUACUUCAAGCGUUGCAUGCUUCACACCCGGGGAUUGUAAAAAUGAAUGCCAUGGCUCGAAGCUACAUUUGGUGGCCUAAUAUUGAUGCUGAAAUAGAGCAUGUUGCAAUCUCUGUCAGCAAAACCGAAACGAACAGCCUCAUACAACUACACACCAUUGGGAAUCUGCCAGACAACCUUGGUCACGCCUUUAUAUAGACUUCCCCUUUAAUGGGAAUACCUUUUUACUAGUCGUGGAUUCAUUUUCGAAAUGGCUAGAAGUCUCUGUUGUGAAAUCUACAUCAUCUGCUGCUGGAUUACCCGACGAAAUAGUUUCAGAUAAUGGCACUGCAUUCACGUCUGAAGAAUUCAGGAUCUUUAUGAGCAACAACGUGAUUCGACACAUUCGGUCAGCUCCAUUUCAUCCUGCCACAAAUGGGCAAGCCGAGCGCAUGGUACAAAGUACCAAGAAUUACCUGAAAAAGUUUGACAGAAAUCUUAACAUAGAUCUCGCACUGGCGCGGUAUCUUUUAAGCCAACAUACUACCCCUCACUCCACGACAAAUCGUUCCCCUGCAGAACUACUAUAUAACCGAGACCUUAAGUCAUAUUUCGACAAAAUUCAACCCAAGGAAAUAACAUACGAAAAGGUCUACGACCCAACAAAUGAUAAGCAGUUUUCUAUUGGUACUCCGGUUUGGGUCCGUAACUACGCCCCCGGUCCGAAGUGGAUAGAAGGCGAAAUUGUGGACCAGACA